UGGACGAGGUUUUGUCGACGGAGGCAGCGGUUAUUAUGGUUAUGAGCUAGCUUCCUACAGCCACCGCCAUAGCCAGAGCUUCGUCUCAUCGCCAUCGCCCUUGCCUUCACUCCAUUUUCCAUGUCCGAUGCUGCAACCACGUUGCCUCUCUUUCUCCUUCUUCUUUUUCGUGUUCCGCAUGUUUGGAAAAUGCAGUCGUCCUGUAGGUAUUAGGGGAGUCCUCCACUUCAGGCCUUGGUUGAUGAUGGUUCCUGGAUCACUGCUCAUUUUUGGAGCAGCAGCUGCUCACCGUUCAUGCAGACUUGGAAACAGUAUUUGGUUGAAGAUCUUGAGAAAGCAGGAGACGAGGAAAUAAUUUGUUUUGGACGGUGUGCGUUUGUGAUUCACUGAGAUGGCAGGCGAGUACACGCGGGAGAUAGAGAGUAUUGAGGAGAAUAAGAAGAAAGGAUGGAUGAUGACGGGGAAGAAUUUGAUCCAGAGACGCACGACCAAGCAGCUCAUCGAGGAUGCGCUUCUCACGCGCUUCCAUGUCCAGGAAGAGCGCCAGGAAAAGAAUCGGAGGGAGUUUGUCGCCAAGAAAGUGCAAGAGCUGCUAAUUUUGCGACGGCAACAGCGAGACUUCAUCUUCGAGAAAUUCCAUGCUUCAAUGCACGCAACAAAACUGAAGGAGCAGUAUGCUUCUGCCAUGCAACGGGCUCUGCGGGCUUCGUGGCACAACAUUCUGGGUCUGGAGUUUAUUCGUGAACAGAAAGAGGACAAGGACAGCGAGGUCGCAACGCAUUUUAAUAAAUACCAGAGUGAGGAAGCAGCAAAGGACAUUGCAGAGUUUGAAACUAAGACUGGCUUUGAACUUGGAGCAGAAGUAGCUUCUGCCCCUCCAUCAGGGGGCAAGAAACCACCACCAAACCAAACGCCGAAGAAGAAAAUGAGUAAAACUGUUCAACCUGUUGAAGAGCCCCCUUUCAAACUCGAUCCUAAAUCUCUGGAAGAGAAGCGAAAAACUGAGGAGAAGGCAGCCAUGGCCUUAAUAUUGGAAAUCAAAAACCGAAAAUUUGAAGAAUUCGCUUAUAAGUUGGAAGCACUAAAACAAUUAAAACAUGAGGAACUUGAGGCACAGGAAGGACAACGCAUGAUAGAUGAAGAAGAAUCCAUGAGGUACGCUGAAGAGUAUGCUACUGUUCGGGCAGCUCAAGAGGCAGAAGAGGCGGAGAAGCAGCAUUUGCUCAAGGAACAGGAAAUGGUGGCACAGGAUACAUGGCUUGCUCAACAUCAAGAGCUUGAGAAGAAAAAUCUGGCAGAUCUUGCUGUGAUACGAACUCAGGAACAUGAAUUAUGUAUGAUGUAUUUCAACGACAAAGCUGAUGAAAUCAAUGAAGAAUACAAUCGAUGGAGGGUGGACAUUCAAGCGAAGCGUGAAAAGAGGUUGCAGAAACACAGCGACUUCUGUUUUGACAUAGUUCUCCAGUGGGUUAGUAUGGCAGAAUGUAUUAACGAAUACCGGCUUGAGAUCGGUAAGCGCUUGCCCGCUCAUGAGUGGAGAGAAUGGAAGAACUUAUUCAUCAAAGGAGCUAUCCUCCCAGUAGUUUUACCACGUCCUCCAACACCAGCCGAGCCUCCCAGUGAAAAAGAACUGAGGCUUGCCAAGGAAGAGUUGGAAGCGUAUCUGCAAGAGAAAGGAGACUAUGCAAAUGCAGAGGGAAUAGAACCUAUUGGCAAAAAUAAAGAGUUAGGAAAGUUCUUGGUAGACAUUGAUUGCAUGGCUGAGAGCCUAGCUGAGCCAUUCAAACGCCCUGACCUAUCAAAGUCCAGUCUCAUGAUUUCUGUUGUAGGGGUUCCACAUGCAGGUAUUCUUGCAUUACUUUACAUUUUUCUUAAGGCUAAAAUCUGUUUCCUGCUAGAUCAUGACCGUGGUCUUGAUUACACAUUACUAGCUUUGUUAUUACGUAUCUUGAUUAAGAAGAUCAAUUUUAGCUCUCAGCAUGGAGGUGCUGCUAAAUAAGA